UUAAACUGUAUAAAAUUAAUAAAAUAGAAAUAUGAUUUCUACUAACCCCUGCGAUAAUCAAGAGAAUACUGUAUUGCAGUACAGUUACGCAGUCUGUAGUAAUUACAGACCAAGGGUGUUCUUUCUUAACAAAAUGAAUUUUAGCUCAGUCUAAAGGGACUAAACAUGCUAGAUAUUUUGCAAAGAAAUGAUGUUAUAUGCUUGACCUUAUUAUAUAUAGCUUUCUACUCUUGGAAGGUGGCGAUAUGCUGGUUCCUGUCGAGUUUAAGGGAGUGAGCAAAUGGGUCAGGGUACCAAAGACAGACGAUGCCUACAAUUACUCCGAAUUCUUGCAAGGAGUGCUGGUGAAAUUCAGUUUGCCAGGUUCUACCAAUUUGGUCCUGAUGGAUUCUGCUGGAGUGGAAGUGGAUUCGGACAUAUUUGAUGAACUUUUGAAGUCAUCUCAGGUGUCUUUCAGUGUCUUCACUGAAGAAUGCAGUGACAACAAUGUUGCAGGGUCUUCUUCAGAGGCCCCAUCUUCAUUAGAGUUGUCACCAUCACCUGCAUCAGAAGGAUCAUCAUCGGGUUCAGACACAACAAUAAUACUGGAAUCUACCAAAGCUCGGAAAAGACAGCUAAUUGAAGGACCUCCUGACAGCAACACUGCAAGAAAUAUCGUCAGAGCAGCCUUGUAUUCAAAGCCAGAUGGUGAUCAAGUAUUUAAGGAAUAUGAGAAAACAAACUGCCUCUCUGAUACUACAAGAAGAAAGAUGGUAAACAUCAUUGUGGCAGACAUGGUAGAGAGCCAUGGGAGGAUCCCACCAGUAAGUGUCCGCAUUAUGUAUGCACUUGGGAUUACAACCUUGUUCCCAAACUUAAAGGACCCAGAUUCAAAGAAUGGUUAUGAACAUUUCUAUGAUCACCAGAGUGGUUCUGGUUACCUGGCAUGGAGACUGAAAACUGUGCAGCGCAACUCUACUGAAGAGAUGAAGAAAUCAAAGUCAGCUUUUCAAGACAGCCCCAAGACUCUUCGCAACUUGUGUUCAAAUGCGAGACAGUUGUCAGGUGAUGAAUGCAAGGAAGCUAUGUCACUGAUGAGACACUCAACUGACAUGAAACUUGUCAAAGAGAAAAUGAAGGUGACAUUUGAACAUAGGCAAAAAGUGAUUCAAGAUCCAGCCACAGCUUCUUCUGUCCUGGACCUUUUCCCAAGAUUUCUGGAUACACCUGGCUUGAUUGACCAAGACUUCACAAUGCUGUUUGGGGAGGAAGUGUCUGGUAAAUUCCUUGUGAAGUGGCCAACAUUCUUCAAGCCAAGAAUAAUCAAAGAUUGCAAAAAUUUGUCUCAGAGUACAGAAUUGGAUGAGCUGCUCGUUUCUUCACAUGGUGACUCUGACGAGGGUGUAUGGGACUGUGAGUUGGCUGCCAUUCUUUUGCUGCUUCACUUGUUACCUCCAACAUCUAAAGGAAGGAAGUCUUCAAAGAUUAGCACAUCAGAUGCUGCUCACCACCUACUGAAAUUCAUGAAGGUGGGAGGUAGCAUGGAGACUUUUCUUAAGGCUGGCACCACUCAGCCGUUCCUCCUGUGUGUUGGAGAAAGAAAGAACAUCAUCCAGAGUUUCUACAUUGUCCUAGAUCAAAAGGUCAUUCCCUGUGUGACGCAGACAGGAGUUGCAGCUUUUGAUGAGCUUUUCAAGGCACAUUUUGUAUUUGCUGUGUCCUAUGACGAGGCAUUGCACAACUUCUACACAUUCAUCCAGACCACCGUGUAUGGCAUUGAUGUUGGCAGCGUGAAGGAGAGUCCUCGGGUCAGGGAAAUCAGAGCAAGAAUUCUUCACAGUACAGUCUAAAGACAUCGACUAUGACCGAAAAGGACCGGAAAUGUUCAUCUGUUACUUUUGCAAGAUACACCACACAGGUUGCUCAGUGUUAUUUAGACAUGUCAAGUUCCAGCAUGGUUUGUACGCAGGGAAGUCUUUACGUUUGACCUGUGGAGAGCCUAGAUGUUCAUCUCUUUGACAAGCAGCACCUCUCCCAAGCUCAUGGAGACUUUGUUGACUCAGAGGUCAUCAGUAAUUUUUAUUUUGAGCCUGCACCUUAUGAUGGAACCUCUGUUUCACAGCCUGUAAAUGUAGCUAAUCUCAAGACAGGCAAAUACUAGACAUGUACAGGACUGUUAUUUCUCAACUACAAUCCUCAGGAGUUCUGAAAGUAGUGUUUAGUUGGUUCAUUGGAGGAAAGGGUUAAUGACAUACAAGCACAUGCAAAACAAUCUGUUGUUCAAUGUUUGCCAAAUGAUGCAUCAAGAGAAACCUCGGAAAAAGUUGAAUGUUUUGAUCAGCUUGAAAAUCCAUUCUCAUAUCUUAACAGAAUCUAAAGGAUGAGACAUUUUGAGCAAAAAUGGAAAAUAGCUGAACCUGUAGAGCAUGUUUUCUUGUGUGUUUUGAUGUAUUUAAAGCCGCUUGUGCAUGAUCUAAAUAAUUUGGAGACUGAAGAAAUGAUCAUUGGUCACUUAAAUGCAUUUGUUAUUGAGGAUAAACUGGAUGCUGUUGCACUGAUCCGUGUAGAUAAUGUUGUGUGUUAUAGACCUUACAAUGGGCAAUUUUCAAAUGACACUAAUGACAAAAUGUAGGUUGUCCAAUAUUGUAGUUUUGUAUAUCUUUAUGCACUGUUUAUUUGUGGUGUAUCUGCUGUUUUAAUACAG